GCGGAAGUAGUCAAAUUUCAUUGAGAACCGUAAAGUGCGGCUGGCUGUCUCCCUUUCCGGAUAACGACAACAGCUCAGACUGUCAGUGCCGGCCUUCCUCGUGUAACGAGGAUCUGCCGGACCCUUGCUAAUUCAAUUCUCUUUUCCCAUUCCGGGCCCUUCCCUAUCGUCGUCCCCUUCACCUUGGAUCAUGUUCAAGAAAUUUGAUGAAAAAGAAAAUGUGUCCAACUGCAUCCAGUUGAAAACCUCAGUUAUAAAGGGUAUUAAGAACCAGUUGAUAGAACAAUUUCCAGGUAUUGAACCAUGGCUUAAUCAAAUCAUGCCUAAGAAAGAUCCUGUCAAAAUAGUGCGAUGCCAUGAACAUAUAGAAAUCCUUACAGUAAAUGGAGAAUUACUAUUUUUUAGACAAAGAGAAGGGCCUUUUUAUCCAACCCUAAGGUUACUUCACAAAUAUCCUUUUAUCCUGCCACACCAGCAAGUUGAUAAAGGAGCCAUCAAAUUUGUACUCAGUGGAGCAAAUAUCAUGUGUCCAGGCUUAACUUCUCCUGGAGCUAAACUUUACCCUGCUGUAGUAGAUACAAUUGUUGCAAUCAUGGCAGAAGGAAAACAGCAUGCUCUGUGUGUUGGAGUCAUGAAGAUGUCUGCAGAAGAUAUUGAGAAAGUCAACAAAGGAAUUGGCAUUGAAAAUAUCCAUUAUUUAAAUGAUGGGCUGUGGCAUAUGAAGACAUAUAAAUGAGCCUCAGAAGGAAUGCACUUGGCUAAAUACGGAUAUUGUGUUGUAUCUGUGUUUGUGUCUGUGUGUGACAGCAUGAAGACAAUACCUCUGUGGUUAUGCUGAAUAAAUUCAACAAAUGCUAAAAUUC